AUGGAUGGAGACAAGAGAAAACAGUCGACGGACAAGAAUGAGCUUGAAGUGGAACUGGCCAAAGGCCAGGUUGCCGUCACGGGCAAUCUGGAGAUGCCCAUGAAGCGGAAAUUCAGUAUCCUCAGCAUCAUCGCCGUCGGCUAUAACAUUACCAACAGCUGGGUCGCCAUUGCGGCCAGUUUUGCCAUUGCCAUCAAGUCGGGAGGAGCGGUGUCGCUGUUGUAUGGUAUCAUCGCCGUCACGGUGGCCAUGCUCUGCACCGGUCUCACGCUCGCCGAGCUAGCCAGCGUCUAUCCCACGGCUGGGGGACAGUACCACUUCACAUCCAUCUUGGCGUCCCGGAGAUGGAGCCGUGGGCUCUCCUAUUUCAGCGGUCUUGCGGCAGUCUUUUCCUGGAUUACGCUGGGGGCCUCGAUCUGUAUCGCAGCCACGCAGGCCCUCAUGGCCAUCGUGAUCAGAUGGCAGCCCACCUACGAGGCGAAGGCCUGGCAUCUGUUCCUAGUGUAUGAGCUAUUCAACGCUGUGGUGGUGGUGUACAACAUCUUCUUGACCAACAAGACCUUGUGGGUAUACAAUGCUGGCUGGCAUACAGUCAUCCUCUCUCUAGCCACCUUCAUCGUCAUCACAAUCGCCUGUCCGGCCCGCUCAUCCACCGAAAUCAACUCCAAAGACGUCUGGUCACACUUUGUCAACGGCUCCGGCGGCUGGCCCGACGGUAUCUCCUUCCUGACCGGGCUGUCCACGCCACAAUUCAUGCUCUCCGGUCUAGAUGCCACCCUCCAUCUCGCGGAAGAGUGUCUGGAGCCGGAGCGCAUCGUCCCCAAGGCUGUCGUCGUCACCGUCAUCGUCGGCUUCUUCACAGCCUUUCCCUUUGCCAUUGGUAUCAUCUACAGUUUCGCCGACGUGUCGGCAUCAUUGGACACGCCCACUGGAUAUCCAAUUUAUUAUAUCUGGGAGAAGGCUACGCAAUCCCCAGCCGCCGCGACGGUCUUUAUGGCGGCGACCUUCGUCGUCUCCUGCGUCGCCCUGAACGCCGUGCAUCAAACCUCAUCGCGACUGACCUGGUCGUUUGCCCGUGACGAGGCGCUCUUCUUCUCGCGGAAACUCGUUUCCCUUUCAAUGCCUUCAUCGGAUCAACGGUCAUGGUAG